AUGGGCAAUGUAAAUGCUAAGACUGAAUACAAAGAGGAGGGUAUUCCUCAGGACAUCGCGCUCGCAGUUGAAGCUUUGAGAGAUUUACGGAAUUCACAUGGACGGGGGCAGCGCGACACGCUUCUCGAUAAAGUUAGGUCGAACACGCUGAUCAAUAAUGCCGUGCGGGUAUAUGAGCAAAGCAAAAAUCAAUAUCCAAAGUUUCGAAAGGGAGCUGAGAUCGUCGAGCGGAAGGCGUUAAUACCGAUGGUAAAGCGGCUCGAGGAGACCAGUAAUAAAUGGAAGAAUCGGAGCAAGCGUAGCCACGAGGAAGAAGAAGACGAGGAGGAAGGAAGCCAAAGUGACGAAGAUUACUGUGAGCAAGACGAAUAUGACGAGGAAUCGGACAAUUUUAUGGAUCGCGCAACAGCUGUAAAUGAUGAGGUUUUGCUGGUGGACGAGAGGCUCUGCCGGAAAAGGACUUCGAAAAGACAGAAGAUUUCUAAUGCCAUAGCGAAAUCGAAAGUGAAUCUGAAAGGUUACCAGCUCGACAUGUCGAUCGAAUCGAAGAAGCGUCUUGUGACAUGUUUACAUUUGCUGAAACUAGCCAACUAUCAGCUAUCUAACCGAGUUGGAUUUUUGCAAAAUUUGGUAUUCAAGGAGCAACAACUACGGCGCGGCAGGUUACGCGGCCAUGAUAUCGAUAGCGAUGAGGAAGAGGAGUUUUAUGACGCCUCAGACAGUAUUGACGAACAGUCAAAUGUCGUCAAAAUGGAGAUCGUGAGAACUGUCAAGAAAGUGUACACCCUGAUAUCCAAAUUUACCGGCAACUCGCUGCCAGAGCCGGCGCGCACCCAAGUGCGAGAGUCGCUGCUGAAGUUACCCAUGAACUGGACCUCAACAAUGAACUCUGAGAACUUAGCCAGAUAUACUAAUUCGAAAGGCGUGAGCCCGAAUGGCAAGGUUUUGAUUUUGGCUAAAGAGAGCUUGGGCAUGGUGCACAACGUUAUGAAUGUGGUUGAUAGCACCCUCGGAAAAGCUGAGGAGUGGGUUAAACAAAAGCAGGAGAUCAAAGAGCUUUUAAAGGAACAGUUCCUUGACAGCAGAUUACGUGAAAAGGUUAAGAAACAAAUGUCUGAAGAAAAAGAAAUAUAG